AUGUGUUCAAUAGAAGUUAGCAUACCGAUAACCGGAAACGGAAACUCAACGUUUGCCGCGGCUCAAAUGUGUGAGAUAUCGCGGAGUUUGCUGCCACCGGACAAAGCUUGUUCAAUUUACCCCGGAGUUCCGGUACUGGUUGCAUUUAACGAUGGGAAGCAGUAUGUCUGUAGUUUGUUCGAACCCCAAGGUGCCAGGUAUCGGAGACAAGAUUCCGUUUGUUGGGUUGAUGAAGGUGUUGAGCUGCGAGGAGCCGAGAGACGAACUGGAGAUGAUUCCAGCAGUAUUCCUAUCGUUGAGCGUUUGACCAUCAUUCAGGAGCCUUUGUGUUACUUCCAGAAAAUUCACGUGGAUGUGAGUUUGGAUUGCUCAGCUUUGGAUCUUGAAUUGAUAGAGGACAAGCUAUUUUUGAACGAAGUUAUUAAAGAUCUUUUAAGACCAUUAUUUUUCGGGGAAGAUUGUCUUAUAACUGUCGAGGAGCAUAACGGGUCUAAUUUUGGAGUUUAUACCGUUCUGAUAAAUGCAGUUGAAGGUUCUUCUCCAUACGGACAAAUCAGCAGGUCAACCGAGCUGAUCAUCGAAAAGAUUAUAUUUUUGAAUUCAAAAGCUUUGAUCGUCAAGGAGUUGGGAGGACUUUCGGAGUUUCAAGAAGAUCUUAAAAAAAGUUUCAACUCAAAGUUGCACAAUAAUAUUCUGAUUGCGGGACCACCUGGCUCUGGUAAAUUUUCCUUGGUUCGAGGGGUUGCCCGAGAACAGAAUAGACCCCUUUUUGUGGUUCGAGGAUUAGAGUUUCUGAAAUCCCUACCCGGAGAAACGGAAGCUGACAUAAGGAAAUUGUUCACGAGGGUGGACAGAUUCAAUAAACUGUUCUGUUCUGAGGACAAUAAACCCAUCUUACUGGUCAAGGAUGUGGAUUCGUUGUGUCCAAAAUUGGACAGCCAAAAAAGAGAAGAUAUGUCAAAUAUCGCAAGGAUUUCUUCUCAGUUUACGGAUUUGCUUGAUCAGUAUCAUCAAACGAAGGCGUUUUGGGUUGUUGGAACAACUUCAAAUAUAGAAAAUUUGAAUAUCAAAAUCCGUCGACCAGGUCGAUUGGGAAAUGAAAUCCUCAUAAGAAUUCCUGGAGAAAACCAGAGAAGAGAAAUUCUACUAUCCAUCCUUCGUCAGAGCGAAUUUAAAUUAGAUGAUCAAAUGGUGGAACAAAUAAUCGUUCGAACACCUGGUUACGUUGGGGCUGAUCUUGAACUAUUGGCACACACAAUUCAACGAGAAAUAGCUGCAAAUCCAUCGCAAUCCCAGGAGCAAUCGUUGAUGGAAUCAUUGAAAAAAAAUCGACCAUCAUCGCUGAGAAAUUCGGUAGGAAUCAUCAACGACCUGAGGGAAACACUCGAUUCGAUUGGAGCUAUGGAAUCGCUCAAGAAAACUCUCCGAGUAUCGGUGCUUGGCCCUCUGCAGCAUCCAGAAGCAUUCCGUCGUUUCGGAAUGGCUCCCCUAAAAGGCAUUUUAUUGUACGGUCCACCAGGUUGCGCCAAAACUACGAUAGCGCGUUGCCUUGCCGCCGAAGCCCGAAUGACAUUCCUUUCGGUGUCAGCAGCUGAAAUUUAUUCCCCUUACGUUGGAAACGCCGAAAGACUCAUCUCUCGACUUUUUAAUCAAGCGCGUCUCAGUGCUCCUUCGAUAAUCUUCCUAGAUGAAAUCGAUUCCCUGGUAGGAAAUCGUUCUAGCCAAGGAACACAAGGAAAUGAUGUUCACACCCGAGUCCUUUCAACGUUGCUGAUCGAAAUGGAUGGAAUCGGUCAAACCUUACAAUCGACUAUUACCUCGUCGGUGGACUCCAAACAAAUCCUGCUGAUAGCUGCCACAAAUCGACCGGAUAUGAUCGAUGACGCACUGUUAAGACCAGGAAGGUUAUCGAAAUUGAUCCACAUUCCUGCACCGGAUCCGCAGUCGAGAGAACAGAUACUGAAAAAAGUCACCGAACGGAUGCCCCUGGCAGAAGAUGUUCAGUUGGAUAAACUAGCUGCCUUGACAAACCGUUACUCAGGUGCAGAUUUGAAGAAUUUGUGUGGACAGGCUGCGCUGCAUGCCGCUUCGCUGGACGAAAACGUGCAGCAGGUGUCGAUGGCUCACUUCCAGCAUGCACUCACUGAAAGUGGACCAUCGCUGACCAGCGAGCAAAUUCGGUGGUACGAAGAGUUUGAGUCGAAACAUAAGAUCGCUCGGUGA